CGCCUAUAAAAACGCCUUUAUUUUUCCCUGUGACAGUCCAUCUCAGUUUCCGCCACUUCCUCUAUUUCUCUUCAUUACAUCCUCUUUUACAAAACAAAACCAGCACCUCUCUCUCUCUCUCUCUCUCCCCACACCAUCUCUGCCUCUGCAAAAUCUAAUAUGGUCACGACGGAUGAGGAGGAGAAGACCGGAGUUAUUUUUCUGACAAAGCCGUUGUCAUUAGAUGGGGAUUCGGAGGUUGAUUAUAGAGCUCCUAAUCUAAUUAAGCGCGUCCUAAGUCUGUUUAAAAAUGUACGGCCAGGAUCAGAUCUCUCUCGCUUUCAGCUGUCACCUCUUUUUAACUUGCCAAAGUCACACCUCCAGUGUUUCGGUGAAUCGGUGUAUUGCAUUGGUAAUGAUCUGUUAGGGAGGUGCAACAAAGGGGAAAGUCCCCAAGAAAGGUUCACAGCCGUCUUAUCAUGGAGCAUUUCUAUUUUGCGUCCUAUGAUCUUCGGAAUUGCUCCUUACAACCCCAUUCUUGGAGAAACUCAUCAUGUUUCAAGGGGGAAUCUCAAUGUUCUACUUGAGCAGGUUUCACAUCACCCACCAGUUACUGCCCUUCAUGGAACUGAUGAAAAAGAAAACCUUGAAAUGAUAUGGUGUCAACAUCCUACUCCCCAAUUCUAUGGUACUUCAGUGGAAACUGAGGUGCAUGGAAAAAGGCAACUGAAGCUCCUGAAUCACGGAGAAACAUAUGAAAUGAACUCGCCGAAACUCUUGAUCAAAUUCUUGCCAAUACCUUGGGUUGAUUGGGUUGGUGAAAACAGAAUCCGGUGUCAUGAGACUGGCCUUGAAGCUGAGUUAUAUUAUGGAAGCAGCUCAUUUUUUGGGCUUAGGGGAAAUCCUAGAACAGUUAAGGGAAAGAUCUUUGACUCAACGUCGUUCGAGCUUCUUUAUGAGAUAGAUGGUCAGUGGGAUAGAACUGUCAAAAUGAAGGACGUCAGUAGCGGGAAAGAAACAGUUAUAUACAAUGCGAAAGAAGCCAUUUCAGGACUGAAAGCUCCAAUGGUAACGGAUCAGAAGGGAGUGUGGCCAAGUGAAUCAGCUUUAAUUUGGGGCAUUCUGAGCCAAGCCAUUCUUGGGAAAGACUGGAGCAAAGCAAGGGAAGCAAAGAAAGCUGUUGAGGAAAAACAGAGGGAGCUCUUGAGAGAAAGAGAAUCAAGAGGGGAAACUUGGGUUCCUAACCAUUUUACUGUGACACAUAGCAAAGAAGGUGGGUGGGAUUGCUCACCUAUUCAAAAGUGGGUCCCUCCAGCUCCUUUAUCUGUACCCUUAUAAUUAAUUUGCAUCUAUAACUCUGCCUCUCCAAAUUUAUAUAUGUUUUGGGUUAUAUGAUGUUGCUGCAACUCUUUAUGUUAGUAGCUAGACCAACCUACCAGUAAUGGUUAAAUGUUCUUGUGUCUUGGUUGAGAAUUCAGAGUUUCCAAAUACAAGUAGAUGAAGAAAUCCA